AUGCGCCUCCCACGUAGUGGUUUUGCAUCGAGUACUGGCGGCGCCAAUGAGAUUGCGUCUUGCAUGGAACAAUAUAUUUGCAAGAAAAGCAACAACGCUAUCACUUUCAACUCCGGAGUGACAUCCAUUGGAGUUAAGAAGGAUAACACUGACAUGGACAUUGUUACAGACAACAAGGAUCAUCACGAAUUCUCGCAUGUCAUCUCUACUAUCUCCUUACCUGUUCUCCGCACCGUCAAGCUAAUCUCUCCCCAUGCCGUUGAAUGCUCCGCGAACGUUGAACUAUGGUCCUUCCGUUAA